GAAGUUUUUUAUUUCUAGAUAAAAUGAAUAAAAUAAAUUAAUAACGUAUUUCAUUACAGAAGAAUUUUGGGUGAAUAAAUAAUAAAGGUUAUUAUCUUUUAUUUGAGGAAGUCCAUGCUGUCGUGUGGUUACAUUGUUCAUGUGUAAUUGUUUGUGAAGUGGCUGGCCGUUCGCGUCGACAGCGAGAAUGCCGAGGAAACUGUUGAAAUUCCUUAUCGUAUUCGAUAACACGUCGUUACUUUACUUCCCUGGACAGUUCUUGUCCGGGAAAGUGUUGAUGGAACUGCAGGAUGAUACUCCAGUAUUAGGUCUACAUUUCCAUGUGGUUGGUGAAGGAGUGGUGAGAGUGGGCUCCGGCCGACAUGAAAGGUUGUUUGAUAAAGAAAAUUACAUUGACUUUCGAAUGAGACUGCUUGGAGAACCAGGCCAAGGCACCUCAGUUCUCUCCCCAGGCAUUCAUAGCUUCCCAUUUAAGCUGGGUUUGCCUAUGGGUCUACCUUCAACUUUCCUUGGCACACAUGGAUGGGUUCAGUACUACUGCAAGGCAGCAUUGAGGGAGCCCAACGGCUUGACACAUAAGAACCAACAGGUCUUCAUUGUGAUGAACCCUAUAGACUUGAAUUUGGAGCCACCAGUAUUAGCUCAAGAGUUCGAGUGCAGCAUCGAGCACCGGUUAGGCGUGGGCUGCGUGGGCGGCGGCGCCAUCGCCUGCCGCGUGGUGCUGGACCGCGGCGCCUACGUCCCGGGCGAGAGCGUGGCGCUGUCGGCGCACCUCGUCAACAACUCCAAGACCACGCUUAAGGCCACCAGGGCGGCUCUUACUGAGACGAUCCAAUACUCCGCCCACGGCAAAGUAGCGGCUAAGGAAGUGCGUGAACUAGCGUCACGUGCUCACGGCAAAGUGCGGCCGGGCGAGAGCGACGUGUGGCGCGAGGAACUACUGUACGUGCCGCCGCUGCCGCCCACCAACCUGCGCGGCUGCCAUCUGAUCUCCGUGCAGUAUGACGUGCAGUUCAUAAUCGAGCCGAAGAGCAUGGAGAAGGACGUCAAGCUCCAGCUGCCCGUGCUGAUCGGCACGUACCCGCUGCGCGAGCCCGGCGCCGCGCCGCCGCCCGCCAUCUACCCGUCCACGCUGCCCAUCUUCCGGCCCUGGCUGCAAGACAAGCCUGCGCACUGACACGGGAAGUAAGGAUAAAAGUCUGGGCCCCGAUUGCCUUUUGUAAUGUCUCCGUUCGCAUUUCAACUCCAGUCACGCUUCAUUUACAUUCCAGCUGAUGUGCAAUUCGGUAUCAAAUUAAAGUUCACGCGCAAACAAUGACGAAACAACGG